CAGUGCAUUCAUCCAUUUCCUCGCCGGUUUCAAAAACUCUACCUGCCGCAAUAGCAACCACAGGUCCGGAACCCUAAUUCCCUUUUGAUUCUUUUUUUAAAUGGGGAGCAGAUUUCUGAGAAAUUCAGUAAUUCCACCUUUCAUUCCUUCCUCGAUCAACAGUUCAUGUGUGCCCAAAUCGCCAUAUCUUCAAAUUCCGAUCCAUCCAUCGAAUCCUUUUACCGCCAGAAAAACCGCCAUCCGAUGCGUUGAAAACCCCAACAAAACCCUAAGAACCUGCAAGAAUUGCAAAACCCAAUUCGACCCUUCUCUCAAUCACCCUCGAGCUUGCCGAUUCCAUACAGCCCAUUUCGGAGGUGAAACGAAGAGGAAGUUCGAGAGUGUACACAGUGGGGGUACCAUGAACACCCCCGACUCAGGCCGAGUUCUACAGUACUGGCAUUGCUGCGGCUCUGAAGAUCCCUUUGAUGCCGGCUGCACUGCAGCUCCUCACUGUUCAUACGAUGACUGAUGGAUGAACAGCAGAGAUUGCUUGGAGUUUCUGGCCCUAAUUUGCUGGGCCAAGAUUUGUAAUGUUUUUGUGUAGAUUCAUACAUUGUUAUCGAAAUGAAAUAAAGUUCAUUCACCA